AUGGUGGAUGAAUUCAAGCAAAGGUUGAUGAAUACAUUUGAGAUGAUAGAUUUUGGUCUACCUCAUUACUUCCUAGGACUCGAGGUUAAACAAGAAAUGGAAGGGGUGUUUAUUUUACAAAAGAGAUAUGCUGAAGAGUUACUCAAACGCUUCCACAUGGUGAACUGCAAUAACAUUGUUACACCAAUAAAUGUCAAUGAGAAAUUACAAGUAGAGGAUGGUAGAGAGGUAGCAAAUGCAAUGAAGUUCAGAAGCAUAAUAGGUGGACUGAUAUACUUGACGCACACGCACCCCGAUAUAGCAUGUUCAGUAAGCAUUGUAUCUAGGUUUAUGCAAGCUCCUUCAAAACAGCAUUAUGGUACAGCAAAGAGGGUUCUCAGGUACAUUGCAGAUAUACAGACAGUGACUAGGGUGGCUCCAUUUGUGAUAGACGUAGCACAUCAGGAAGUGUGUUCAGUCUGGGUUCAGGUUACUCUGUGA